CCAAACAGACCCACUUGGCCUGGCCAUCUCCGGAUCUCCCUUCCCGGGACGCUACGCCACGCCACGCCACGCGCCUAGGCCAGCCUGAGCCAGCCGCGCGCGGCCGCCCCGCCUUCGAUUUGCUUCCCACCGCCCGCGACACGUCAUCUCCUAGUCGCGCAGGCGCAGCAUCGAAUCCAGCUCGUCCCCUUCCCCGCGCCGCAGCCGCGGAUUCCCCCUCGGGAGAGAGAUCCGGCCCUUGGCGCGCGCGGUCGAUCGCCGGAGACAGCGGCAUGGGGCUCUGGGACUCGCUCCUCAACUGGCUCCGAAGCUUGUUUUUUAAGCAGGAGAUGGAACUCUCCUUGGUUGGCCUACAGAAUGCUGGGAAGACAUCUCUAGUCAAUGCUGUUGCUACUGGUGGCUACAGCGAGGACAUGAUUCCAACCGUAGGCUUUAAUAUGCGGAAAGUUACCAAGGGCAAUGUCACAAUUAAACUUUGGGAUCUUGGUGGGCAACGGAGAUUCCGGACUAUGUGGGAGCGCUACUGCCGAGGAGUUUCUGCCAUUCUAUAUGUGGUGGAUGCUGCGGAUCGGGAUAGUGUCCCAAUAGCGAAAAGUGAAUUGCAUGAUCUGCUGAUGAAACAGUCUUUAGCUGGGAUUCCCUUGCUUGUCCUUGGCAACAAAAUUGACAAGUCAGAAGCGCUUUCUAAGCAGGCUUUGGUUGACCAACUUGGAUUAGAAUCAAUACAGGAUCGUGAAGUUUGUUGCUACAUGAUCUCCUGUAAGGAUUCUGUGAACAUAGACGUUGUCAUUGACUGGCUUAUCAAGCACUCUAGAACAGCAAAGUAGCUUCUGUGUGUUUAUAUCACUUUAUGCACGGUGAUUUGAGUCUUCCUGUGAAUCACCUCCUGUUUCCUGGUCCAGUUGUUCAAAGCGACCACCUUGUAAUCUAUGAUCUCUUUGGUUUCAGACAAACAGUAUGGUGUCUAGUACUUGAACAUCUCAACCUUUGCACUCCUUUGUAAAUACCUUUGAAUAUUUUAUUAUUCUUUAUUGUGGGCGUUUAGUGUUUUUUUCU